UAACAAGCACGGAUAUACAAGCCAGUAACCGCAGCACUGAUCAGCAUCCCCCUUAUAUUUUUGGGGAAAACUUUGAGCUUCAUGUCCCCAUAAUUUCUGUCACAUCACUGCUGCUCACUAUAACUGCCCUGACCGUCUGCUGUACCCCAACUCCAGCACUUUGACACAAUGGACCUCCACAAAAUCAUCCACAAUGCGCUGCACGAAUUUAUUCAGGCUUACAUUCCUGAUGCAGAUCUCAGCACAUUGGAUGAUGUUCUUCUGUCUUACAUCACUGGAGUCCUGGAGGAUCUCGGCUCUCAGCAGAGUGUUGAGGAGAACUUUGACGUGGAGGUCUUUGCAGAGAUGCUAGAAGCUUAUAUACCUGGCUUUGCUGACAUUGACAGUGUCAAAGUCUGUGAAAUGAUGUUCAAUCUGGCUUCAAAACUGGCCACUGCUCGGACCUCAGCUGGUGUAAAAAAUGUUGAAGCUAAGCCAAAGACAGAAGAGAUUUCAUUGAAACUCACCAGCCUGCCCAGUGAACCUCCACCAGCAGAAACGCAGUGCCUUAAAACACAGACAGAGGGCGCCACUGCCAAGCUACCGGUGUCUGUGUGGGAGUCCCAGGAGCAGCACCUGCUGGAAAUGUUUCCAAAGUGCAGUCUGUCCGAGGCUCGCAGCGCCCUGUGUAUUGCCAAAGGAGACAUGGAGGAAGCUGUGCGCCUUAUAAUAGAGGGAGAUGUCCAACUCAGUCCAUUUCCUCUUAAUGUAAACCCCGGGAAGAGUAUUUCCAAAGUGCCAGACCAGAAACUUAAAGAGAGCAUCCUUGAGAAGUACAUGCUGGUGGACAGGGAUGAUGAUAAGAAAACACACCGGCCUUUGCCCCCCAAAGAUGCUCCAAAGAAGCUAGUUCGGUACCACAGUAACCAGGUGGUAACCACAAAAGGAGAGCGAUAUCAGCUUGUGAAAAAAGAUGAUGAAGAGGACAUGAAAAAGACAUAUGUCAACCUCAAGCCUGCACGAAAGUACAGAUUCCAUUGAUGACGAGCCCAAUAGUGUAAUCAGCAGCUACUGAUAAUAUUGUUUACACUUUUUAUAUUUUUUUAUUUAUUAAGUUCUUUUUGUCCAAGUAUAGGAACAUAUUUGUUAGUGUGUCAGUGGCUUAUUUUAAAAUAUUGUUACCAUUAUAUGCCUUGGUUAAAACAUUAAAUUACUGUGUUUCAGUUGCUUGGUGAGCUUUUAAAGUUGUGUGAUAUUUUGGUAAGGAUGUUGUAACUUGUGUUCUUGUUUGUGUAACAGCUAUCUACUUAUUGCCAUCUCAGCAGGUCUGAUGUUGCACUGACAUUGUUGUCCUUUUUUACCUCUUCAUUUUAUUUGUUUUUGUUUUUAAACUCCCAAUAGACAAUAUAGAUUCAGAAUUAUGAUGUUGUAUUGUCUUUCCUGUAAAUAAGAUCUUAUGGUGCUGUAGAGUUUCUUCUUGACAAGUCUCGACUGCUUUUUUUAUGUACAUAUUAAAUCAUUGAUGCCAAUUUUAUUUAAAGCUCUAUUUUUACAUCACGCAGGAAUACAGUGCUGGGGAAAUGUUUGGUCAAACCUUGUGAUUCGGACAAUUGUUGUGCUACAAACUGGUUUUCAAAUUAAAAGUAUUUUUUUUUAUGAACAUUUGUACGGUGGGUAUCCUCAUCAAUCUUCACCUAAGGGUUUUGGUUGGAUAUCUAUGGUGUGCUACAGAUGUGAAGUUUAUUGUCCUUAUGAUACGCCCACAGUAUUGUGUACUUACAAAGACUAGACUGUAAUGUGUGCAGUGGUGAAUGUCAUCUAA